GCGGUCAUUCUGGACCAUGGAAUUGGUCGCCCAGCCCCCUUCAGACAAGGCCCACAGGCUGACCCCAGCCCACAUGUUCAUCCGUUGUUGGACAAUUUUGCUUCGUGGGAUUUGUUGAGCAAGAUGAACAUUCCUCGGAAACCACUGCAGGGGGGGAGCAGGCAGCCUGCCAGUGGGCCAAGUAGAAGGGGGGCAGGUGGUGAAGCACCUCGUGGGACUCAGUCGGCACGUGCUCCUUCUGUGGAACUCUUUGUCCCUGGUUUAGUUUUGCCAUCACAGGAGGCCAAUCGAUGGAACAAUGAGCUUUCCGGUGGAAUCAAAUGGACACACCAAUCGGCUCAAUCCUCCCUUUCAAAUAUCAAGUAUAUACUCGAGCAUUUGCCUCCCCUGAUUUCUGCACACGACGCAAUCCCUAAAGAAUGGAGUCAGCGGAUUUGGAUGGACAUAGAUCGGACAUCAAAGGCUUGUGAAACAGAGGAUAUACUCAAGACUGUGGGGAAUUUGUCUCUAAUAAUGUCUGACAUGGUUGAUAUGGAACAAAUCAAAACUUUCCAACUGACGGAAAGGUUAACCGGCAAUCACACGCUACUACCGCACUUGGCCAGCUUUUUUGCCCCUGGGAGAUCGGAAUAUAUUCGACUGCGAGCGGCAUUACAACAGACUUGGGCUAUGCAAAAGAUGACACAGAUGAAAGACACUUGGAUCCCUCAGGCCUUCGACAAUAGUAACAACGUGUAUACGGCCUAG